UGGAGUACGAACAAGUCAUUCCCAGCGAAGAACAACAACAAAUGAUUCUUUGCUGCCAGUGUGGCGUCCCAACACCACCGAACACGGCCAACAUGUGCGUCGGUUGUAUACGAACACAAGUAGAUAUCACAGAAGGAAUCCCUAAACAGAGUAAUCUAUACUUCUGUAAGGGUUGUGAACGGUAUCUGCAACCACCUGCAAACUGGGUCACAUGUUCACUUGAAUCUAGAGAGCUACUUGCAAUUUGUUUAAAGAAACUAAAAGGUUUAAAUAAAGUUCGUUUAGUUGACGCAGGCUUCAUAUGGACAGAACCACAUUCGAAAAGAAUAAAAGUCAAACUGACCAUACAAAAAGAGGUGAUGAAUUCCACUAUCUUACAACAAGUGUUUGUAGUAGAGUUUGUAGUACAGUCCCAGAUGUGUGAUACUUGUCACAGAAGAGCAGCUCAAGACUUCUGGAAGGCCACAGUACAAGUCCGACAGAAGGUUACCCAUAAAAAGACAUUCUUGUACUUGGAACAACUGAUAAUUAAGCAUAAUGUUCAUGAAAAAGCAGUAAAAGUCAAACAAGAAUCAGAUGGUGUUGACUUCUACUUUGCAUCUAAGCAAGAUGCCAGAAAAUUUGUAGAAUUUUUACAAUCAGUUAUACCUUGUAGGUACAAGACUUCAGAAAAGCUUAUUUCCCAUGAUAUCCACAACAAUACUUAUAACUACAAGUACACCUUCUCAGUGGAAAUAGUUCCAAUGUGUAGGGCAGAAGUUGUUUGCUUGCCACUGAAGCUUGCACGAUCAUUAGGAAACAUCGGGCAAAUGGUGAUAUGUAAUAAAGUUACAACAUCGCUACAGCUUAUUGAUCCCGCUACUUUACAAGUGGCUGAGAUUCCUGCAAAUGUGUAUUGGAGAGCACCCUUCAAGAGCUUAGGGUCUCAUAAAAGCUUAACAGAGUACAUGGUGCUGCAAAUUGAACCAGUUGAAAACCAGAACAAGAAUGCUUCAAUAUCAAACCUCAGUGCAAAGCAUGUCCUUGCUGAUGUGUGGUUAGCAAAGAUGCAAGAUAUGGGCUCUAAUGACCAACAGUACCACUGCCGAACACAUCUGGGACUAAUAUUGAAGCCUGGUGAUAUAGCUUUAGGGUAUGAUUUCACCAGCACCAACAUAAAUGAUGAAAAUUUGAACAAAAUGAGUCCAGAUAAGAUUCCUGAUGUAAUCCUGGUAAAGAAAUCUUAUAGUGAUAAGAAGAAGAGGCGUCGAGCCAGAAACUGGAAACUGAAGAUGUUAGAUAAGGAAGUGGGUAAAGAUGUCAAUCAGGAGCAUUUUGAAAGGGACUACGACAAUUUCCUGGAAGAAUUAGAGGAAGACAAGGAGUUCAGAAAGAAUGUCAAUAUUUACGUUGAUCGCGAUCACAUCCCAGAAUCAGAUAAUGAUGAUGAUGACAUUCCCAAAAUCAGUCUUCAAGAAAUGCUUGAAGACCUCAAACUAUCUGAUGCAGAACCACAGGCAGAAAUGGACGUGGCCAGUAGUGAUGCCAUGGCAACAGAGUAACAAAGACAUUCCUAUAUUUCUAUGGUUUACAAAAUGUAUAACUGCAAGAGAUGCUUGGAGACAAUAGGCCGUUUGCAUGUUGGCAUCAUUUUAUCACCACUACCAAAAUGCUUCAUGAAUUUUCUUUCUUAUUUAAAUUUGUAUUUCCUUGAGAGAAUAAUAAGACAAUAAAUUGGUGCUAAUUAACUGUACUAAAGAAAUACUUAGUGUGCAAGGGAGGUUUGUAGUGAGUGUAAAUGAUGCAAUACAUGCAAGUGUGACCUGGCAGGAAUUCAGUGCCCAGUGGGAAUACCAUAGCUAAAAAAUAAUAUAAAUAUGCUUGAUCCUAUAUCCAUUAACUAUUGCCUGAAGACCGCAACCUUGUAGAUUCGAGCCGCAGUAAGAAUAAUCUAUCAAAAUACUAGUGGCAAUGCUAUGAUAAUGUGCAAUACACAUGCAUCUGUAUUGUAAAUCUGCAUAAACACUAGGCAGGUGUUCCUAAGCUUGCUUCAAUUUUCUCAUGCUCUACAGCUUCCAGAGUGUUUAUAUAUAUCACAGCUCUUCUAGCAGAAACACAACACAAGCAACAUGAUGAAAUAUUUUCGAAGAUUUUACCUCUGUUCUCUGACAUGCAUGUAAGCAUAGGAGCCAUCCAAUUAAGUACACAUUGUAUCAAGUAAUUCAUAAGGAAAAAAUAUAUAUAAAUAAAUUAGGGAAAAUUUGGUUGAAAA